AUGUUUUUCCGGAAUGAAUUUAAGCCUGUACUUCAAAGUAGCGACUUGUUUCCUUCAACGAAUAAAUCUUUCAGCUAAGGGAAAAUGUCUUAGGAGUAGACAUAAUAAUAAUCACCCAAAAAGCAAUCUUAGCUUAAAUAAAAAAACAAUCUCUUACCACUUACUGAUAGGAUUGAAAUAAGAAAAAAUUAUUAUGAUGGAUAGCAAAAUGAGGAGUUAAAACAGCAGAAACAAAGAUUACACAGUUCUCUAUAAAAAAAUAAAUUAAAUUUACUACCAAAACUAGAGUCUUUACAUUCAGAUAAGAGUUUAUAUCAAACUGUUAUCGAAAUAUUUCCAACAGAUCAUCCAAUUUGGAGUGAUUUAGUUUAAAAAUCUUAGACUAUAGAAGGAGUAAUUGAAUCAAACCAAGCCUUUUUUUUAGGGAUUAUGAGUAUUUUUAGACAUUUAUUAAUAGCUCUUUAUCUCAAACAAUCUAAAUUGUAAGCACUUAAAAAUUAAAUUCAAUUAAAAGCUAUAUAAAGUUAGUACAAUAAAGAUUAUUAAAAUGUCAAUAUUGGAAAUCAAGAUGUUCAAUUAGAUUAAUCAAAGGCUCAUGAUUAAAUGUGGGGGAAAGACCUUAAAUAAUUAUAUACAGAGAGUGUCUACAAUUCCCAAUAUCUCCCAUAUAAGUUAGAAAAGUAGAUGACAUCUCCAAAAAAGGAUUUCAAUCCCAGUUUAAGUUAAUCCUCUUAUUUAUCUACUUACAAAUCUUAAUUUUAAAAUUGGAAACCUAAAUAUCCUGGCAAGAUAACAAGAGAUACAUCUCCAGUUGAACCCUAGAAUUUACCAUUCAUCUCAGAAAGUAGUUAUGCUCGAGAAUUUAAAAAUGUGAAGACUGAGAGAUCUCCUUUAUAAAAGAUAGCAAAAAUAGGACCCUUUGCUGAAAAUCUCGAGUCUUUAGUAAAAGAAAGUACAUCUUCUUAUUACUAAUAAUAACAAUUUAGUAGAAUUCCUUCAAAAUUAAUGCGUCCAAUAAGUCCAAAAUUAUUCAACGCCAGUUUUGAAGGAUACUACUAUUAAAGAUCUUACCAUAUAAAUUCAGAUUAAGAAUCUUCCUUUGCAAACAGAUUUUAUGAAAGCAACUCUGUAAAGAAAAUCUUCGAUAGAAAAAUUGAUAGAAAAAUUUAUUGA